UAUUUGCUCCGCGACCGUUGAUUUAGAAGUCAUUUUGACCUUUUUGUAACUUGUUCUUAAAGAAAAGAUGUUAAAUAACGUUAUAACGUAUAUAUGAUUUAGUUAAAUUGCUGAAUGUCGGGGUUUAGCGGUAUUUUGUGAUGCACCCAUGACACAAUAUGCUACUACUUUAUCGAAAACAAUCUGAAUGUGAUUUCACACCCCCCUCUGUAAUCACAAUGGUAUUUCCCAUCAUGGCCGCCAUUCACUGACGUGACUCCAGACACUACCAGCAGGUCUCCUCCACACAGCAGCAUCAUCAUGAGUGAGUUGAAGGACUGCCCUCCACUGAAGUACUACGACUUCAAGCCCGUGGAGCAUGUGAAGGUUUGCCCCCGAUACACGGCUGUGCUCGGCCGCUCAGAGGACGAUGGCAUCGGCAUCGAGGAGCUGGACACCCUGCAGCUGGAGCUGGAGACGCUGCUGUCCUCAGCCAGCCGCCGCCUCAGAGCCCUGGAGGAGCAGAGACAGAUCCUCACAGACUGGCAGGACAAGAAGGGAGACAAGCGCUUUCUGAAGCUGGGAAAAGACCCAGACCCCGCUGCUCCUUCUCGCCACAAGCCAAAGAAGCAGAAGUUGGACGGCAAAGGCGGUCACGCGCCGGGUCCAGGUCCUGGCAGACCCAAAUCGAAAAACCUGCAGCCUAAAGUCCAAGAGUAUGAAUUUACUGACGAUCCACAAGACAUUCCCCGCACUCCUAAAAAUGACGCACCCAACAGAUUUUGGGCAUCAGUCGAGCCAUAUUGUGCUGAUAUCACAAAUGAGGAGAUACGAUUGCUAGAAGAGCUUCUGAAACCCCCGGAGGAUGAGGCUGAGUAUUUCAAAAUUCCAGCUCUGGGGAAACACUACUCUCAGCGGUGGGCUCAGGAAGAUCUGCUGGAGGAGCAGAGGGAAGGAGCACGAGCCAACGACAAGAAAAAGAGCGUCAUGGGAGGACCGCUGUCUGAGCUGGAUGCAAAAGAUGUGGACUCCUUGUUGAAAAAGUCAGAGUCCCAACAUGAAUCUCCAGAAGACGGAUGUCCCUUUGGUCCUCUCACACAGCGUCUGCUCCAGGCCCUUGUAGAGGAGAACAUUAUAUCCCCCAUGGAGGAUUCUCCCAUACCCGACAUUUCAGGAAAGGAUGCUAAUGAUGGCGCUGGGACCUCUCCUCGGAGCCAAGGAAAAGCUUUUAGUGUUCCUCACACACGUUCUCUGGAGGCUCGGAUCAAAGAGGAGCUGGUGGCUCAGGGGCUGCUGGAUUCGGAGGAGCGACCCGGACCAGGAGGAGACUCUGAGGACGAGGUCCUGGCAGAACUGCAGAAGAGACAAGCAGAGCUCAAAGCACUGAGUGCUCACAACAGAGCCCGAAAGCAGGAGCUGCUCAGGUUGGCAAAAGAGGAGAUGCGCAAGCAGGAGCUGAGGCAGAGAGUCAGGGUGUCUGACAACGAGGUCAUGGAGGGAUUUCGGCGAAUCAUGGCAGCCAGGCAGAAGAAACGCACUCCAACCAAGAAGGAGAAGGACCAGGCCUGGAAAGCACUCAAGGAGAGGGAAAGCAUCCUUAAGUUACUGGAUGGAUAGAGAAGGAAACCGUUUGUGUUGGAAGAAGAAUCUUCUUCCCCGCAGAUUGACACAGGUCAGAAUACUGUGACAGCUGUUAAAUGGCCAGUGAACAGCUGUAUUUAUGGUGAUGUAUGAUACAGUUAAUGCUGCGUGAUUUGAGUAGGGACAUUUCUGUAGUGGUUUUUAUGUCAUGUACAGCAGAAUGCUCAUUUGAUCCGUAACAAUUAGUGUGCAUCAGAGACAUUUUCUCUCCUUUUGUUGAAAGUUUUCUUUGUUAGUUGUAUUUUUAUGUUGCUUUUUACCAUCGUAAUGUUAUGAAAACAAUACACAUGAAUGUUUGAAUAAACCUGUACCACUUAAAGACA